GCGGGGGUGUCCCGGCGCGGCCCCGCCUCUUGCGCUCGCCGCCGCCGGCUGGGAGUUGGAGCGGGGCCGAGGGGCCGGCGGGGGCCCUGCCCAGCCCGGGCGCGGGGGAGACACCGGCGGUUGUGUAAUUACCGAGAGCGGCGAUCUCCGGUGGGCUGUCUCGGGGCCGGCCGGUGCCGGGGCUGCUGCCGCGGAGAAGGAGCGGGGCUCGGGGCCGAGUCCAUGGGCGCUGCUGCGGCGCUUGGGACAAAGGGUGGCCCCGGUCCUGCCGCGGCUGGGCUCGGACAGCGUCGCCGGGAGGGUGAUGCUCUCCCGGGGACGGGUGGCCUCGCGUGUUCCCAGGAGGCUGGGGCGAAUUUCACGUGUUUCUGCUCAGGGACAGAUAACGCUCGGCUGACGAGCCCGUGUUUUGGCACACGGAUGCUCCUCUAAAGGCCUGGCUUAGCCCGCUCGUAUCCGUGAGCCUUCAGGAGCGGUUUGCCGGCGGCGGUUUCCCGGUGCCGGCAGGAGCGGUGUCAGCUCUGGCCCGUGUCACCGAGCAGCUCCGCGCUCGGGUCCGGGAGCGGGGCUGUGUCCUGGCACAUCCUCUGUCCUGCGUGUCAGCUGCUCACCUGAGAGAGCUCAGAGGAUAAACUGAAAAACUCAGGGCAACUGAUCUUCAACAGCCCUGAUGCUCUCAUCUGGGGUGGAGUCUCUCCUUGAUUCUCCUGUGUCUGCUGUGAUAGAGGAGUUGUACACUGGGCUGCCAGAGAGCAUCUCCACAGAGCUCAUGGCCGUGCCGGGGCCCAGCCUUGGAUUGGAUGCACAGUCUGAUGGGCCGGUACCCGUGCUGGCACACAGCGAUGGGCCAUGGACUUCUGCCACGGGAAACUUUUGCCAGAAGACAGAGGAUAUGGGUGAUAUGCUCCAGGUGAUUUCUCAUGGGCCAGCAGAAUCCUUUCCUGAAGAAUUAUUACAGGCUGGAGACCUUGCAGAGGAUGAAAAAAGGAGAAGAGGACACUUUAGGAAACUAGACUGUGCUAGUGAUGGAUACCAGAAAGAAGAUGUAGAGGCACAAGGUGCUGAGGACCAUCAUGCUGAAUUUUGUCCUUUAACUCUGGGGGAAGGUUGGUCAGAACAAGAGGACCCUCACUUAAACGAGCAAGGAACAAAGUCCUUGAGAACCUGCUGGGCUGAAACCGCAGGAUCUCUGAGGAACACAGAAGAAAACCAAGCAAAUGUUCAGGUGACAGCUGAAACUCUGCCAAAGCUCACUGAAGAAGUACAAGGUAUGAAGGCUGAUGGGACUAGAAUAUUUAGUAAAGCAGGAUGCAGGAAUGACAGAGUGAGUAAAGGUCUUCCACCUGAAAGGAAUCAAUGCCCAGACGUAGACACAGUCAUGGCCAGAGCUGGGGUUUCAGAAACCAACAUCUUAGGUUUUUUAGAGCCUUUAAAAGUCAUGGACAUCGGAGCAGCUACAGAUUAUCCACAAGAAACAAGUGACUAUAGUGGGUCAAAAGCCCAUGCUGCCAUGCCAUUGAGAGCAGGGGGGAAUGGUGUAUCUGUUUUGGAGAUUAGAGAAGAAAAGUUACCCAGACAAAAUCGUCUUAAUGAAUUCAGUUCGUCAUUUGUUAAUUGCCAGACUUGUCAGCAGGAUGAAGAAAAUUAUGCUUAUGACUUCUUUAAGGGUACUGUACCUGAACAAAAUGAACCUCAUGAAUUGUUCUCAGCAGAAAGCUGUAGAACACUCUCCACACAAAGUUCUGAAGUUUUAUGCCCGGUUCUGAAAAGCAUCUCUUAUCUGGACUUUCGAAAUUCAUCUCUAGAAAGCCAUUCUGCAGUUCAUGGAAUUAUCAAUGAAACCCCCCAGAAGUACCUUCCCCAAAACAUCAAACAUCACACUCUUUAUGAUCAUGGAACUGGGUUUUUAGAAAACCAAACCUCCACAUCUGUACCAGUAGAACAGAUUUCAGUGGUAAGGAACAAAGGAUUAUCUAGUGCAAAACCUGAUCCUAGGGAAGUAAGUGCUACUACAGGAAAAUCACACAGCUCUGAACCUGAAGAGGCUGCUGAAGUCUGGAGAAAAAUUGCUGUGGGAGAUAACAUUGAAAUGUGUAGCUGGCCUGAAGCUCAAGAGGCUGCUGAUUCUGAGCAUUGUCGUUCUCCAGUUUUUACUUCUGUUGCUCCAUCUUCUGAUAAGUUCUCAAAAGAAAAAUUUAAAAUACUCCCUUCAGAAGGUGAUAAGUUGAAAAAGGACCAGUGGCAAUUUUCUGUCAGUGACCCAUGCAAGAAUGAUAUAAAAGAAAAUUGUUUGUGGGUGGAAACAAGUAACAUUGCUUCCCAUGAAACUGGACAGAGAGGCAUAUGCUUUUAUAGUACUGCCAAUAAAAUUCCUCCUCUCAGUAAUCACAGCUGUCUUGAUCUUGGAACCAAGCCAGGAAAAGACUCACCCAAGGCACAACUGCUUGAAAAGGAAUCUGAGAGCAAUAUAACAUCAGAAGAGUUCGCUGGUCGUUUAGUUGGAGCUCCAGAAGCUGAGAGUAGUGACAGCUUAUCCACUGGGAGCAAAACCAAUUUGUUUUAUACACUAAAUGUAACUCUACCUCCUGUUUUACAAAAAUCAAGAGAACCUCAUUAUAAUGAGUGUCUUCCUUGUACUGCUAAUGAAGUUUCAUGCAGGGACCAGGCUUGGGGUAAUCUGUCUAGAAAAGAAUCAGUUGGUGUUUCUGGAACAACAGUGGAACCAAUUCCUGAAGUUUUGCUUCAUGAAGACAAAUUCAAGUCUUCUGUAAAUUCCAUGACUUUUGAUAACCCUAAUACAGCAAUCAGAAUAUCCCAAAUGAACGUAAAAUCUUCUGCAGGAAAUAUGGAGAGAGUAGUCACUGGUUUAGAAAAUGAACAUUGUCACACAUGGAUUUGUAAUAAUCAGAAUAUAAAAAAACAGUGUACAGCUGCCAGUCCUUCCUGUAUUUUAUCAGGGAGUACACGUGUGGAUGAAGUUUUCCUGGACAGUCAUUCUUUUGGUGUUGAAGUUGGUAAGAUUGAAGAAAAUGAUAAUUUGGAAGGAGAAUCUUCAUCAGGAUAUAACAGUAAAGAGGCAAUCAUCUUUCCAGAAGCACAUGCCCCUUUGGCAUGUGGAUCUCUUUGUGAAAAUGACUGGGGCAACAGAGGUAUAGCUCUGUAUGGGAUAAAUGACAUUCCCACAGGAAAACCCAUGUUUUGUUCAGCAUAUACUGCAGAGAAGUCUACUGCUACCUUGGCAAGAGAUGAGAUUUCUAAUAAGAAUAUGGAGGUUGUGGAACAAUUGGAUCUUUGUAAAGUAAUGGGCAGUGAAAUUGUCUGUGACAGAGAGGAGGCAAAAGAACAGAUUGGCAUGCGUGCUUCCCAGACAGAUGAAUUUGAUAAAACAAGAGCUGUGGAUUCCCAAAAUGCUCCUGAAAGCAAUCAGAGAAAUAAGACUAGUGAACAGCUAUUAGUCAGAUAUUUGAACAAAAACACCCGUGCUCAUAAUUUUGGAUUUUACAACUCUCUGUUAGGCCCACGGAAAAGAGAACUCAACACAUGUGAGCAGGAAGAAAUGCCAUUGCUCACAGCUGAUCCCUCCGAGUGUAGCACUUCAACCUGUGAUCCACACCCAGCACCUGACAACGUGAACAUUCCAACACAACAUGCUGGCCAAACAGAAGAGACCCUUUGUCUAAUGGGAAAUCAGUUUCAUCCAUGUCAGAGGGAGUCUGAUGUCCCAGUGCUGGGCAGUGAGCAACAUUCAGAAAGUUUAACCAACCAACCAAACACUGGCUUACAAACCAUGGGUGGUUCUGUGGAAAAAGAUGAAAUUGGUCCUAAUCACAGUGAAGAGGUUCUGCUAAAAACAGAUGGUGACCUGCCUCUGUUAGACCAUAAAUAUGCAAGAGAAGCCAGGUUUGAAGGAGGUCUACAAGAGAAUGUAAUGGGUUUGGACUCUUUAAUUGGUGUGAAAAAUGAAGAUUCUUCGGGAUACACGGACUCCAUCAGUGAUCUAAUUGAACAGAAGACAGUCAGACUGCAAGAAUGUGAGAACAGAUGCGAAAGAAACAAUAAAGGAACUCUUGAAGAAAACUUUUUUGAUGACAAACAACAUUGCUCACAGCAGGCUCAUUUUACCGUAUGUGCAAAAGAGAAAGCAGAGCUGGUGUUUGCAGGAAACAAAGCGCAGAAAUCUUUGCCAAAGAUGAAGUGGUUGGUGGAGAACCAGGAAAACACAAUUAGUGCUCAAUUUCUGCCCAUUUCAUCAAUUCAUGGGAGUCUUUCAUACAAGCCAGAAAAUAGGAAUGUGCUUUCAGAUACAGAAAACAGAGAAAGUCUGAGUAUAACUCCUAUCUUAAAUAACUCUUGCCCUCAGUUAACUUUUGAGCCUGGUAAAGAAACUGAUGCUCUAAGGGGUGUUUGUCCAUCUGAUUUGGGAAAGUUUGACAUCCAAGAAUCUUGUGUUGAGACUCGGGCAGAUUCAGAAACUGUGUCAGCUCUACACUCUCACAUUUCUCUACCUGACAAAGAAGAGUUGCAUAUGUCACCUGAGAGUACACAAAGAGAUAAUUGUGAUUCAUCUGCAGCUGAAGCUUUUAGCAAAGGUACUUCAAUGACAAAAAUUCUUUCUGUAACAAUUUCCGUUAAGAAAAAAUCCAGCAAUGUUGAGGUUCCAUCUUUAGGGAAUGAAUCAGCAGCUGGCUCUCUGAAUGGUGCCAAAAGCUCAAGAGUUUGUGCCCACAGCAAAGAAAGUCUGAAAGGUGAGGGGCUUUGCACACCAACUGUGAAAGGCAUGGACUUGACCUCAUCAAAAAGUCCUUCUGAUGAAGAGAAGUUUAAGAAUACAGAUAAGCUGAAAAAUAGGAAUGUGCUUUUGGAUACAGAAAACAGAGAAAAUCUGAGUAUAACUCCUAUCUUAAAUAACUCUUGCCCACAGUUAACUUUUGAGCCUGGUAAAGAAACUGGUGAUCAAAGGGGUAUUUGUGCAUUCCAUUCUGAAAAGUUUGAUAUCCAAGAAACUUCUGAUAGGACUCAGAUGGAUUCAGAAACAAUGUCAGCUCUGAACUCUCAUAUCUCUCUGACUGAGAAAGAAAAGCUGUGUAUGUCACCUGAGAAUACACAGAGAGAUACUUCAUCUUCAGUCAAAAAAUUAAACAAAGAUAGUUCAAUGACAAAAAUUCUUUCUGUAAUAAUUUCCGUUAAGAAAAAAUCCAGCAAUGUUGAGGUUCCAUCUUCAGGGGAUGAAUCAGCAGCUGGCUCUCUGAAUGGUGCCAAAAGCUCAAGAGUUUGUGCCCACAGCAAAGGAAGUCUGGAAGGUGAAGGUCUUUGCACACCAACUGUGAAAGGCAUGGACAUGAGCUCACCAAAAAGUCCUCCUGGUGAAGAGAAGUUGAAGAACACGUGUGUAGAAGAGAAGAUAGAAAAAGAGGUAGCCCCUAGACGAAGGUUGCCCAAAGAUUGUCCAUGGGCCUUAGAAGACUCUAAAGAGUCUGGUAGUAAAAUAGUCCCUCUCAGGACUGAGAAUUAUGGAAAGGUUUUGGAAGAAAUCCCAAGAUCCAAAUUAAAAAAUCUUUCAGAUGAAAGACAAAAUGAUACAAAGCUCCCAAACUUAGCACAUACCAGUGUACUUUCACAAACUGUGCAUGAUUAUCAGGCUGGAGCUGUAUCUGACACAGAGGCUGCCCCAGAAGUGCAGGAUGAUACAACACCCACGUUUUCUCCACCUCCGAGCACACUAUCAGACAGUUGCAAACAACCAUCCCCGAACUGUGUGGUUUGCAGUGAAGCAUGUGUGCUUUACAAAUUAAAUGCACAGAGCAAAGAUAAUGUAAAGGAGGUAACAGAAGGCCAGGACAAAGCACCAACUCGUGCAGUUUGCAAGCAAAAUGGGACUUUAGGUUCAGAGAGACUUAAUCAAAUAGAGGAAUGUCAAGGACUUAAACAAAAGAAGUAUGGAAAGAUGGAAGUACAUCAGUUGGGCAAGGCACAACAAGAACAGAAGUUAGAACAUCAGGAGAAGGCUAAAAUCAUACUGCAACCAAGUAUGUUGCACAGUUCUGAACUCUUACACAGCUCUUCAGCUGAGUUGAUGACAUCUAGAAAUACGAAGUUUGGAGGCGCUUCAGAGGAGAUUCUUGCUGUAAGAGGCAGUGAAAGUAAACUAUGUAGCACUUUACAAGAAGUUAAAACGCCAAAGAUUACCACAGAUUUUAUUAGUUCACAGUUUUUGAAGACUCAGGAUUCAGAAAUGGAAAACCUGAACCUUAAUUUACGGUAUGAUGGGAUCCCUGGUGCCUUUGGAAGUACACGUAAACAAAGAGGAACUACAAAUAAACUAAGAGGACCUCUUCCAUUAAAAAUACAACCUGGAAGGGCAUGCAAAAAAGUUCCUACAUUGUAUCAGCUAAAAACAGGAAGAAAAAUCAAAAAAAUUAAAAGUUCACCUUUCUUUGAGAUUCCCCUGGAAGUAUUCCCUAAACAGGAGAACACGCUUCUGGAAUCUUUGUACUUUCCAUGUAAACCACCAACAGUGGAAAAGGAAACAGCCAUGAGAUUUGCGCAUAUGCCAAGGCAGAGGGCCAAGGGGUGCAGUUUGUUGAACAGCUUGAAAUUUAGAAAAUGUACCAAAGACCCAGCAUUGUUGAGCAAAUUGUCUGCAAUGGCCAACAAGCUCCUGGCCCCUGCCAAAAGCAACCGUAACUUAGAACGUCUGCCAUAUUCUUCAGAAAUUCUUCCAGCGGGUGACAGGUACAGCCAAUGUAGAGCUAAAAAUCUCUUGGAAGCCUUUUCUUGCAUUAACAGGAAUGUACACUCACGCUGGGCUGACAGCUGGUGUACCAAGAUGUUCAGCUUUCAGCCUUUGGCCCUUUAUCCUGUACAAACUACCAAAAUACUUUCUUCAGACUUAAGCCACACGCCUCCAACCCCUUUCUUGGACACCUCUGUUUUCCCAAUUUCUUUUCACAUAAAAUUGGACUCCAGUCCUGUGACAGACCUCAGAGGGAUUACAUCCCAGCACUCUGUACAUCACAGCCCAGUCUUCAGAGAAACUCCAGCGCCAGCUUCAAAGUGGACUUUGUCUUUUCUCCUGUCUCAGAGCUGUUCAGAUACAACAGCUUUCAAGGAAGAUUCCAGUGUAAAUAAUGAGCUUCACUCCUCUCACUCCACAACAACCCCCAGGACUGUUGCUGUUCAUCCUGACCCCGGAAUAAACACUGUAGCUGGAAGAAGAGGAGGUUGUUCCACGCUUGGCCUUCACACAGUGUUAGCACUUUCUUCCCCUGGAUGUUACAGGAUUUGGACAAGAAGAAGAAACUUAACCAGUCAUAUUCCUACGAUCCAGAGACUAUUUAUAUCGCAGCUGGCACAGGGUUUGAAAGGGGACAGGUACCCGAGGUGUGUAUCCGAUGAGCUCGUCUCCUCAUUGCCGUACUCACUGGGCAGGGUAUUGUCCAUAUGGAGUCAGCAUGGUCCUUCUGCCCGUCCUUCCGAAAUCACUUCUCUCCAUUCCAAUCACUGCAAGUGGCAGCCAAGUGUGGGCAUCGAGAACAGCUGUGCCAUGUUACCACACUUACCUGUACAGAGUAUGGGAGCACUGCAGACCACAGGCCAUGUGAUUCGUCUGGAAACUUCAUUCCCUCUUCCAUUACCAAAGCCUCAUGCACUUCCAGAGUCAUUGCCAUCUCCCCCCAGGCUUUCAGCAUCUGAGCUCCAGAUCCCUGCCCUUGAUGAAGCAGACGCUUCUGUUCCAGCCUGUCUGAGAUCCCAAGAUGACACAGAACUGAAAAAAACUGAGCCAGAAAAGAGGCCAAAGAAAGUGUCACAGAUCCGAAUCAGGAAAACUGUUCCUAAGCCAGACCCUAACCUUACUCCAAUGGGACUACCCAAACCAAAAAGGCUUAAGAAGAAAGAAUUUAGUCUAGAAGAAAUUUACACAAACAAGAACUAUAAGUCUCCUCCUCCUGCCAGGAGCUUGGAAACAAUCUUUGAGGAGCCCAAGGAGAAAAAUGGACACUUGAUCUCUGUCAGCCAGCAAAAGAGAAAGCGGAUUCUAGAGUUUCAGGACUUUACCCUUCCCCGGAAAAGGAAGAUACGAGGCAAAAUCAAAGCAGUGGGUAGUUUCACCCGAGCAAAAAGAGCUGCACUGCAGAGUGCAGAGUUAGAUGUUCUUCUGAGUCAGAAGCUAAUGGACCUUGAAGCCUUUUUUGCAGAGGAGGUUGAGCAGGAGCAAGCCUCCAGCAUCUGAGGGAGCCACUUAGCUGGAAAUGGUCCAAGUCAGCUUCUUUAGUAUUUUCCUCUUGGGAGAAAUCUGCUGACUUCCUCAUACCUUACUCUGCCACUCUGUUCUAACAUCUGAUAAUCAGUUUUUGGCUGUGACCCUCUUUAAGGUGCUAUUUUUUU